AUGACGGAGAAGAAAAUUGCUGUCAUCUGCCGGAGUCUAGCAAAUAGCAGCUAUGGAAUAAAAAGAAAAUCACCACUUCAAAACUUGCAUCUUGUUUCCCGAAGUAUACAUCAUCCCUACUACCCAAGUUCAAAAUUUCAAAGACCUCCAUUAAGGAUAUCCAUUCAGCUGUUCUCUUCUCUUAAUCGUCUUCCCCUACGUAAAACAAAACUUUUAGAUGUAAAAUACGGAUACCAGUCGCACAGGAACUUUUGGCUAGCUAGACUAGCGUCAAGGCUUCUCAAACUUCGCUAUCUUGUAUUAGGAUCUGCUGUAGGUGGUGGUUAUACAGCUAAGAAGACGUAUGAUCAGUGGAAGGACAUGAUGCCAGAUCUCGAUGAAUAUAAGUGGAUUGUUCCUGACUUCAUUUGGGAGCUUGAUGAACAUAUUGACUUCGAAAAACUUAUCAAAGCCCUUCCUGAUGCAGAUGACCUUGCCAAACUUCUGCCUGACUUUGACAAGAUUGGAGAGAGCUUCACUUCGCUGAAAGGAUUUUUUUCUCCUGGUUACAAUUUGGUUAGUGAAGUCAUAGGAGCUUCUGAUCUACUUCUGUUGUUAGGUUCUCCAGGAGAAACAGCGUUCAGAGCUACUGACCAGGGAUAUGACAAUGACAAACAGUACAAGAAGGGCCUGCUUGGUGAACUCAUUCUGUUACAACAACAAAUCCAGCAGCACGAAGAGGAAGCACGCAGAGCCGCUGGCCAAUAUAACAUGGGCUCUUCCCAGCAGAAGCGAAAGGUUUCUGACAAAGAGAAGAUUGAUCAACUUCAAGAAGAACUUUUGCGCACUCAGCUCAAAUACCAAAGAAUGCUUGAGCGAUUAGAGAAGGAGAACAAAGAAUUAAGAAAACUGGUACUGCAAAGAGAUGACAAGGGAAUUCAUCAGAGGAAGUUAAAGAAAUCCUUGAUUGAUAUGUAUUCUGAAGUACUUGACAUCCUGUCUGAUUAUGAUGCCAGUUAUAACACUCAAGAUCACCUACCUCGAGUGGUGGUGGUUGGAGAUCAAAGUGCAGGAAAAACCAGUGUGUUAGAAAUGAUCGCCCAAGCCCGCAUAUUCCCUCGAGGGUCUGGGGAGAUGAUGACACGUUCCCCUGUUAAGGUAACUCUCAGUGAGGGUCCCCACCAUGUGGCUUUAUUCAAAGACAGCUCUCGGGAGUUUGAUCUGACCAAGGAAGAGGAUCUUGCAGCUUUGAGAAAUGAAAUAGAAAUCAGAAUGAGAAAUAGUGUGAAGGAAGGGUGCACUGUUAGCACUGAGACCAUCUCCUUAAGUGUGAAAGGUCCUGGUUUGCAGAGAAUGGUAUUGGUUGAUUUACCUGGAGUCAUUAGUACUGUGACAUCAGGUAUGGCUCCAGAUACGAAGGAAACAAUCUUUAGCAUCAGCAAGGCCUACAUGCAGAAUCCUAAUGCCAUCAUCCUUUGUAUUCAAGAUGGAUCAGUGGAUGCAGAACGCAGUAUUGUCACAGACUUAGUCAGUCAAAUGGAUCCCCAUGGAAAAAGGACAAUUUUUGUGUUGACUAAAGUUGAUCUUGCUGAGAAAAACGUGGCUAGCCCAAGCAGGAUCCAGCAAAUAAUUGAAGGCAAACUCUUCCCAAUGAAAGCUCUGGGUUAUUUUGCAGUUGUUACUGGAAAAGGAAACAGCAGUGAAAGCAUUGAAUCUAUUAAAGAAUAUGAAGAGGAAUUUUUUCAAAAUUCAAAGCUGUUGAAGACGUGUAUGCUGAAGGCACACCAGGUAACAACAAAGAACUUAAGUCUUGCUGUGUCAGAUUGCUUUUGGAAAAUGGUGAGAGAGUCUGUGGAGCAGCAAGCAGAUGCUUUUAAAGCUACACGUUUCAAUCUUGAGACUGAAUGGAAGAACAAUUACCCCCGGUUGCGAGAGCUUGACAGGAAUGAACUGUUUGAAAAAGCAAAGAAUGAGAUUCUUGAUGAAUCUUGUUUUCUCAGUGUUUCUAACAAAUUCAAUGCAUCCUUGUUAGACACUUUUGUAUUGGAAGCCAUCAUGUGUGUUACAACUUUCUAUUUUAGGGAGGAGAUUCUUCAGAAAACCUUAUGGGAAAGGGUAUCUACUCAUGUGAUUGAGAAUAUCUACCUUCCAGCAGCACAGACUAUGAACUCAGGGACAUUUAACACCACUGUGGACAUCAAACUGAAGCAGUGGACUGACAAGCAACUGCCUAAUAAAGCAGUAGAGGUGGCAUGGGAGACUUUGCAAGAAGAAUUUUCCCGUUUCAUGACAGAACAAAAAGGAAAAGAACAUGAUGAUAUCUUUGAUAAACUGAAACAAGCUGUCAAAGAAGAAAGUAUUAAACGACAUAAAUGGAAUGAGAGAGCGGAGGAUAGCCUGCGAGUGAUCCAGCACAAUGCCUUAGAAGAUCGGUCAAUAUCUGAUAAACAGCAGUGGGAUGCAGCUAUUCAUUUUAUGGAAGAGACGCUCCAAAGUCGUCUCAAAGACACUGAAUCUGUUAUUGAAGAUAUGGUGGGUCCAGACUGGAAAAAAAGGUGGUUAUACUGGAUAGGCCGCACUAAAGAACAGAAUGUUCGUAAUGAAACAAAAAAUGAACUUGAGAAAUUAAUCAAAUGCAAUGAAGAACAUGCAGCUUAUCUGGCAAAUGAUGAGGUGACGACUGUCAGAAAGAAUCUUGAAGCAAGAGGAAUAACAGUGGACCCAUGUCUGAUUAAAGACACAUGGCAUCAAAUUUAUAGAAGAUAUUUCCUGAAGACUGCUUUGAACCACUGUAAUCUAUGUCGAAGAGGCUUCUAUUAUUAUCAGAGGCAUUUUGUGGACUCAGAGCUCGAAUGUAAUGAUAUUGUCCUCUUCUGGCGAAUACAGCGAAUGUUGGCAAUUACAGCAAAUACGCUGAGGCAGCAGCUUACUAACACUGAAGUAAGGCGCUUGGAGAAGAAUGUAAAGGAAGUGCUUGAAGAUUUUGCUGAGGACAAUGAAAAAAAAGUGAAGCUCCUAACUGGCAAGAGGGUCCAGCUCGCAGAGGAUCUCAAAAAAGUUCGGGAAAUCCAGGAAAAACUUGAAGCUUUCAUAGAAGCCCUCCAUCAAGAAAAGUAGAUUGUUCAAGCAGCAACUUUACACAAGAAUGCAGCCUUUUCCAGGAUACCUUGCACAAAGACGACUGAAUAGAAAUGGCUUUUGUGUCCCAUUCUCUUUCCUAUCUUUUGGGGAAAAUCCUGAAAUGUUGGAGGAGAAAGAAAAUAACGUCUCAUGGGAUUGAGAAAUUCAGUUAAAAUCCACGUGCUCUUUUAAUUUUUGAAGCUACGUGCACAUGACAGAAGAAUCUGACUUGUGUGUCAGUGAGAUAGCUUGGAAGCUUGCUGAAGUUGUACAUUUAAGGUUUUUUUUUCCUGAAAGGAAAAAAGCUUUUAUUUUUGGCAUCUGUCUUGUAUGGUAGAGCUGGAUCAGAUUCAUAAAAUGGUAUUAUCUGUUGUCAUUUUCUUGCCUGCAAAUGAUCCUGGGAGUUUGACAUAAAGUUUUAGUAUUUGUAUGUACAUUAAAACGCCCUUCUAAGUAAUGCCAUUUGUAUUUGUUAUGCUCUGUGUUGAAGCAUCUCUGAUCACUCUGGUACAGAUUUAAAAGCAUGGUAUGGAGAUUUGGAGAGGAAGUUGUGGAUUUUGUUAAACUCCUAAACUCUUGAGGGACAUCAUCCAAGCAAUUCUUGUAGUGCUUUCAAGGGAAAGUACAGACUGCUAUUCACUGACACCUUAAAAGGUUUGGCUCAGGUAAUAAUGUCAACAGCUGCUCCUUUUACCCGUUCUUUCCUAAUAUAUGUUGUUACUCUUGAGUCAUAGCCGAUUACAUUUCAUUUCUGGGAUUGCACAGACUCUGAUUUCCUUGUUAACUCCUCCCUUCACCAUAGGUACAAAGUAACCUGAUCGAGUACGUGUGAAAUGUAGAAGGAUACUCUGUACAAUUCCAACUUGUCCAACCUCCUUAACUAAAAAAGGAAAAAUAUAAUUCAUUUCAUUUUUCUAAUAGCUACUGUAAGACCAAAAUUGCUUUUAUAAGAAUGUUAUGCACUAAGUCCUUCCACAUCCACUUGAUUUCUAUCAUUCAGUAUAGUAAAAAUAGUAAGGAGUCUUUCUUUUACUGCCUUUCAGUUUUGCCAUAGAAAUGUCACUUCUGACAAGUUUAAGCAUGAUAUAGGCUCUGUAUCAUAGGUGCCUGGUGAUUAAUCGCCACCAUGUUUUUCUGCCCACACUUUGCCACAAAUGAUCUGGAUACACUUCUGAAUACUUCUGUGGAAGAAGAUAUUAGGCCUGAAACAGUUUGUUUUGCAGUUGUCUGAUUAUGUACGUUGAAAAAUUGACUUAGGUUUAUUUUUCCCUUUUGAAAAGGCUAUUGAUUUUGACGUGUGGCAAUUAAAAGAGAGGAAUCUGAACAUUUUCCAACAGAUACUGUUUCUGUUUGUUCUCAGAGGAAACAAUACAAAAUUUGGUAAGAUGUUCCCCAAAUGUUCAGACAUAAAAUAUUUAGUCAAGUGGACAAAAAGUUAACGCAGAGCUAUUCAUAAAAUGGUGUUGAAAGGUUAACUAUUUCAAGGUGAUCUAACUGAAUGUUUUGGGAUUUUCCAUUUAAAAUUACUUCCUGAAAAUGAGUGUUUGAGGACGGAAAGAUGAAAAAAUGGCUUGUGUCAUCAUCAUUCUCUGAAGAUAACUUCAGAAAUGUAAGUUUGCACAAUUCUGAAGGUAGAGUCCUUAGGUUGUAUAGCAAGGGAGAUAAGUCUGUACUGGGGUUAAAUCCCUCUUUGUAAAAAACAAACAAAAAAACAAAACAACAAAAAAAAAGAACUUUUGCAUUUACCUAGAGAUCACUGUUUGAAACUUCUGUGUAAUGUAAAUGUUGCAAAAUAUCGCAUCCAGUGGCCCAGCGUUCAUCUCUUUUAGUGUGAUGUUCCUAUAGUUUUAGUUCCAACUUCUCUGUGCUGCUCAUCUAAGACUUAGCAUGAUGUAUUCCAUGAAAACUAGGUAUUUAUUGAAUAAAAAUGUAACUGAAGGAAUAAUAAAAUGUGGGUUUUGAACACAGUGCUAUUGCACCUAAUUCAGAAGUCACUUUGGCCUUCUUUUUCUCAUUUGUUAAAUUGUGAAAAAGUAUACUGUUAAUGAUAUUAAAAUGUCUGAUUC